AUGUCGUGCCUAUCCUACCAGAAGGGCUCCAGAUGUGGCAGUCGGAGCUUCAGCUCAUGCUCAGCUGUCUUCCCCCGGAGGGUCACCCACUAUGCAGUGAGCUCGGGGCCAUGCCAGCCUGGGGGUGGCGGAGGCCUCCGGGCCCUGGGCUGCCUUCGCUCACGGAGCCUGUGCAACGUGGGCUUUGGGAGGCCCCGGGUCGCUUCCAGGUGUGGCCUUCCUGGCUUCGGAUACCGAGUGGGGGCCACCUGUGGGCCUCCUGCCUGCAUCACUCCCGUCACCAUCAAUGAGAGCCUACUAGUCCCACUUCAGCUGGAAAUUGACCCAACUGUGCAGAGUGUGAAGAGGGACGAGAAGGAGCAGAUCAAGUGCCUCAAUAACCGCUUUGCAUCCUUCAUCAACAAGGUCCGGUUCCUGGAGCAGAAGAAUAAGCUGCUGGAGACCAAGUGGCAGUUCAUGCAGCAGCAGAGGUGCUGCCAGAGGAGCAUGGAGCCCAUCUUCGACGCCUACAUCUGCACCCUCCGCAAGCAGCUGGACUGCGUGGCCAGGGACCGGGCCGGGCUGGAGUCGGAGCUCUGCAGCCUCCAGGACACGCUGGAGGGCUACAAGAAAAAAUAUGAAGAGGAGCUGUCCCUGCGGCCCUGUGCGGAAAAUGAGUUCGUUGCCUUAAAGAAGGACGUGGAUACGGCUUUCCUGAUGAAGGCCGACCUGGAGACCAACGUGGAGGCUCUGGUCCAGGAGAUCGACUUCCUGAAGGGCCUGUACGAGGAGGAGAUCUGCCUGCUCCAGUCUCAGAUCUCAGAGACCUCGGUCAUCGUGAAGAUGGACAACAGCCGGGUGCUGGACGUGGACGGCAUCAUUGCCGAUAUCAAGGCCCAGUAUGACGAAAUCGCCAGCCGCAGCAAAGCUGAAGCGGAGGCCUGGUACCAGUGCCGGUAUGAGGAGCUGCGGCUGAUCUCCGGGACCCACUGUGACAACCUCCGCAACCGCAAGAAUGAGAUCCAGGAAAUGAACAAGCUGAUCCAGCGGCUGCAGCAAGAAAUCGAGAAUGUCAAAGCCCAGCGUUGCAGUCUGGAAGCUGCCGUGGCCCAGGCAGAGCAGCAGGGAGAGGCAGCCCUCAACGAUGCCAAGUGCAAGCUGGCGGGGCUGGAGGCCGCCCUGCAGAAGGCCAAGCAGGACAUGGCCUGCCUGCUCAAGGAGUACCAGGAGGUGAUGAACUCCAAGCUGGGCCUGGACAUCGAGAUCGCCACCUACAGGCGCCUGCUGGAGGGCGAAGAGCACAGGCUGUGUGAAGGCACCGGGCCCGUGAAUAUCUCUGUGAGCAGCUCAAAAGGUGCGGUCUUGUAUGAGCCAUGUGUGGUCAGCACGCCCAUGCUGAGGACCGAAUACUGCACCAGUGGCCUCAAGAGCAGUGGGGGCUGCAGCGCCAUGAGCACCGGUGAACUCUACAUCCCCUGUGAGCCCCAGGGGCGCCCGGGCUGCUCCAGCAUGAAGCUAGGGACUGGGGGCGGCUCCUCCUGCCACAAGUGCUAG